GGGUUGCUAUUUUGAAGAAGGAAAUCAGGUGAAGAUGGAGAUGAGUGUGGAUGAUGCAUAUCAGCGAUCAAUUCGGACAUUGUUAGAAUGGGUUCAUAAAGAAGUCAAUAGGAGUAAGACCCAAGUCAUCUUCCGCACAUAUGCUCCUGUUCAUUUCAGGACUGGUAACUGGAAAACAGGAGGGAAUUGUCACCUGGAGACACUGCCUGACUUGAGUCCUCCACAACCAUCCUUGGAAGCAUGGGCGCAUUUCUUGAAACCAUUUAGUGAUACGCCAUCGAACAAGAAUUCUACUACUACUGCUACAAGUGAGGCGUUGGGAUUGGAUUUGCUCAACGUGACACAGAUGACAGCUCGGAGGAAAGACGGACAUUUGUCUAUAUUCUACCUUGGUAAGACUGCGCAUGCUCCACUCCACCGGCAGGAUUGCAGCCAUUGGUGCCUACCUGGGGUUCCGGAUGCAUGGAAUCAGCUUCUCUAUGCACUUUUCAUGAGACGAGAAGAGUCAAUGCUACACAAUACGGGGCUCCUCUACUAGAGAAUUUUGAAAUCCCUGUUGAUUAACUUGCACAACGACAUCUUUUACGGACUCUUACAGUGACUAUGUGGCACGCGAUGUAGAAAGCAAUCACUUAGAAUGAGGAUCAUAUCGACAGAUGGUUCAGAAAAAAAAGAAAACACCAUA